AUGGAGAAGAUCACGUUGUGCUCCUUAACUGGACUACGUCUCUUCUUCUUUGGCUGGGUGUUGACCACAAUCACCAACUUUCCUUCCGCAUUCACUCAUACGUCGAUCAAUUCAGCCGUCCUCAAGAUGAAUGAGUAUCUGAACGAGUCGUAUACGGAUCGAUACCGCCCUCUGGAACAGCAUGAGGUCUCAUUGAUCAAGUCAGGAAUAAACAGUGUAUGGUACGCCGGUCAGGUGGCAGGGGCACUAAUGAGCCCUUAUAUUCUGAUUGCUGGUCGAAUCGUCACCGCUGUCUUCUCACCGCUCAGUGAUGCUGCCCUUAUCCUAUAUCUUCAGGAAAUUUCGCCAUCAAGUCUGAGAGGAACGAUGUCGUCGCUCUUCUCAACCGGAUACGCUGUUAUGUGCCUUUUCGGUGUACUACUAGGCCACGAAGACGUACUC